AUCAACGUCAUUUACGUCAUUUGACUUCCCUUUUUUUUGGGAUAUAAACUCAGUUCCAUUUUGAAUGUUGUGUUUGUAUAUGUCGAAAAUUGUAAGUCGCAGGUGAAUUCAAAUGAUUUCUUAUUCUUUAUACCUUUGAUAAUAAAAAUUUAGAGAAAGGAAGAAUUCCUAACAAAAGAAAACAAAAAUGAAUGUAAUAUAUAAAAUAUCGUCGUUUUUAAUCUUAACAAUCUUCUCACAUAUUGGACAGUGUAAGAUUCAAAUUAAUGAAAAUUCAAAUCAUGUUGCAAGUUAUCCAUUACUUAUGCCAAACGUCAGUCCGAAGGUGCCAGAACUGUAUUUAUGUACACCGGUAAGGGUGGACAGUUCAAAAGAUUAUUAUAUCAUUGGCUUUGAACCGAAUGCAACAAUGCAAACGGCACACCAUAUGCUCAUUUAUGGUUGCACUAAGCCAGGUAGUUCGAAAUCAAUUUGGAAUUGUGGAGAAAUGACGAGAGGAUCAACAGACAAUGGUCUUCCUCUAGCUGCUGCUUGUAGUGGUGGCUCACAGAUCAUCUACGCCUGGGCAAAGAAUGCUUUACGUUUAAAUCUACCAAAAGACGUGGGCUUCAAAGUUGGUGGCCAAACAAAAAUUCAAUACCUCGUCCUUCAAGUACACUACGCACAUGUCGAUCAUUUUUUGGAUGGCAGUACCGACGAUUCGGGUGUAUUUCUUCACUAUACAUUGAAACCAAUGUCAAAUCAAGCCGGUGUCUAUUUACUUGGAACCGGUGGCAGUAUUAGAGCAAGAUCAACUGAAUUAAUGGAAGUGGCAUGCUCCUUGGAUGAGAAUAAAACAAUUUAUCCAUUCGCCUAUCGUGUGCAUACACAUUCAUUGGGCCAUUUGGUCUCUGGCUAUGCCAUUGAACCAAGAACAAAUGAAUGGAUUGAAUUGGGUAAAAUGGAUCCACAGAGAGCACAAAUGUUCUAUCCGAUACAUAAUAAAAAUCCAAUCUAUCAGAAUUUUACAUUGGCUGCAAGAUGCACGAUGAUCAGUAAUCGUGAUCGUGUCACGUACAUUGGCAGUACGAAUAAAGAUGAAAUGUGUAAUUUUUAUUUAAUGUACUAUGUGAAAGGUGGUGAACCACUUAACGAUAAAUAUUGCUUCAGUGCUGGACCACCUUUUUAUUCAUGGAAAACGCAAGGUUAUAGAAAUAUUCCCGAUAAAGAAGCAUCAACUAUGGGAAAGUUGCCUGAUUAUAUAAAGGAAGAAUAAAUUCUCCGAGAAUUUUUUUUUUCUUAAUCAACAAAUUGAUGCUAGAAAAUUGGAUCAAAGUGAUGUUUUUGAUUUUAGGCCUCUGCUGAUGUUGAAAUAUUUUUCAGACUUUUGAAAUUGGAUCUAAAUCAGAAUUGUCAGAAUUGUCAGAAAUGGUCAGAAAUGCUCAGAUUGGACACCUUGGACAAUAGUCCAAGGUGCCCAAUCUGACCAUUUCUGACCAUAAGGAUCGUUGGCGACAGCAGAGGUUUAAUAAACCUCUUAAAGGAAUGUCAAAGUCAACUGGACUUUUUCAGCUACUAAGGAACUGAUUCGACCUUGACAGUCAUUUUAAGGAUUAAUUCUUAAGGGCAUGUGGGAGAAAAAGUGGUUGAAACUUUUGCAGAUUUCGACUCUUGUUUCUUGUAUUUUAAACUUUCUUACAAAUUGCAUCAGAUCAGUUUAUUUUAUUUAUUAAAGGAAAAAUACAAGGAAAACCACUUUUUUGGGAAGAGUUUUCUCCUGCAUGGCCUUAAAUACAGAUUGAAGAAAUUUUGACGAAUUUUUGAACCAAAAAAAAACUGUAUAAAACUUCUCCGGAAAGUUUUUAACAUUCUGAAUCUGAAUCUGACCUUAAAUUCAACCCAAAACGUCAGAUUUUUAAAAUGCACUAAACUAAAAGUGCAAAAAAAUAUUUUUAAGGUCAUGUAACAUGGGGAGAAAAUUUUUUUAUCGAACUGUUCGUAGCGCCAUCUAAAAGUGCAUUUCUUCCCCAGUAAAAAACUAAUUAAGAAAUUAAUUAAUUAACUAAUUCUAAAAGAUUUUGUCAAAUUUCUAUAAUUUUUCAACGAUUUUACAGCAAAAUUCAAUUGUUUUAAAAAGAUUUUGUCA